GGCACAAAAAGCAUGAUCCCGGUGGAAUUACAUCUUUGCCCCGCACGCGGCUGAUAUUCUGAAUCGUUCCCACGCCACAAACUUCCGUAUUCAAACGCCAGCAUAUAAAUUCUCGUACUCCCGAUAUCAGAAGGACAGACCCUGCAUCUCCCGCACCAGAAUCUUUUCCCUUUUUUUAAUUUUACACAAUGAUUAUAUUAGUAUUAAUUUAUAUAUUUUAUAUAUAAAUUUACAGUGGAGAAUUCUUCAAUUCUACUUCACAAAGCACGCUGCAUAUCAGGUUAUUUUUAAUAAGCAGGAGCAUGGAAUAGAAUAAAUAAACGACCUGAGUAGUAUAAAAACUGAAGAGUUAUUCCAUAUCUUAAAUGACGAAGGAGAGAGUUUACAAUGCCUUUAAGGCAACAAGAGCUCUAGGCCUUCCUGAUGAAGAGGUGAAGCCAGUGCUGAAGGACCUCUUGAAGGUGUUUGAUAAGAAAUGGGAACUUAUAGAAGCAGAAGAUUAUCGGGCACUCAUAGAUGCAUAUUUUGAAUCACGGGAAACUAAGGUAAUUGAAGGUGAGAAAAAGAGUCUUGCAAAAGAUGAUGUGCCCGAAAAAGCUUCAAAGAGACUGUGUUUUGAAGAGCAGGAAGAUCAGUCUUCUUCUACAUUGGGUGGCACGUCAGUGACUGGUCUUGAAGUGGGAACUAGGGAAUCAUCUCAGCUAUGCUCUGAAUCUAGAAAGGACAGGGGAAUUGAAUCCAGUUCUUUAUUUCCUAAUAGACAAUUAAAUCAGAAAAAGAAGGAUCCAAUUCGAUCCGAAAGGGCUGUUAGAGGUAGAAAUUCAACUUCUGGGAUGGUAUGCCCUCAAUAUUCUAAACAACCGAUUGUUGAAUGUGGCUCUUCUAGUCACCAAAGAAAAAAUGUUCCCAGUAUUUGUCACAGCAGAGAACACAUUAAGCAGAGAACUGAACGUAUCAUAAAUGAUUCAGCAGAUUUUGCGGAACCCACUUCAGCUAUUGAUCCAGUGUUUUGUUUAGUUUGUCAGGCUGCUUCAACUAGGGACAAAGUUGUAGGUUACUUGGCAUCUCAAUGUGAUGGUUCAGGUUCAGGAUCCAACGACAGUACUCACUGUGCAAGCAACUUUGUAAUUGCUUCAUCAACCCUGGAAGAAGUGAAAAUCUUGCUGAAUUGUGACUCAGCAGUUGGACGAGCAAACUUUAAAAUUCCAGAUUUCAAUGCAGUUUUGAAAUUUUUGGAUGAAAAAUAUCUAAGGAUAGACAAACUUGUCUCACCACAGUUUUCUGUAAUGACUUUACUGAAGGAUUUGUGUGAAUCAUAUUUAGAAUUGGGUACUGUCUCCUGCAAUAGGUCAGGCAAUAGGUCUAUUGCAAAUAACUCUUCUUCAGUUAGGAAAGUUGGCAAUACCCUUAAUAGUAUAGGGUCAAACAGAAGGGUUUUCAUAACUGGUAAUCAUAAUAUGGUUCUGAAAGAGAAGAUUACAAAACCCUUAAGGUUUUCUGAUUCUCAUAAUUUGGUAAACAAGCAACAGCAAAGAACUACUUAUGAUGAGAAGGGGUCCUUCAAAAGGAUAAGUGACAUAACAAAAGGUGCAGAGAAUGUCAAAAUUUCAUUGAUAGAUGACAUAGGCAAUGGGGAUCUCCCAAAGUUUACAUACAUGCCACAUAAUAUAAUUUAUCAAAAUGCUUACAUGCAAAUUUCACUUGCUCGGAUUGCUGAUGUGGAUUGCUGUUCAAGUUGUUCGGGAGAUUGUCUUUCAUCUCCAUUGCCAUGUGCAUGUGCUAGUGAAACUGGGGGAGAGUUUGCUUACACACAAAAAGGCCUUCUAAAACAAAAAUUUUUAAGAGGUUGUGUUUCUAUGAAGCUAGACCCUCAAAAGCACCAUUAUGUUUUUUGUCAAGAUUGUCCAUUGGAGAGAUCCAAGAAUGAGGAUAUGCCUGAACAAUGCAAGGGUCACUUGGUUAGAAAGUUUAUUAAAGAAUGUUGGAGAAAAUGUGGGUGUGACAUGAACUGUGGAAAUCGAGUGGUACAACGGGGUAUCACAUGCAGAUUGCAGGUAUUUUUGACUCGGGAAUGUAAAGGCUGGGGCCUUAGAACACUUGAGAACUUGCCGGAAGGGGCCUUUGUUUGUGAAUAUGUUGGGGAAAUACUGACCAACAUGGAAUUAUAUGAGCGGAAUGAAAAUAGUGGCAAUGAGAGACAUACAUAUCCAGUUACACUUGAUGCAGACUGGGGUUCAGAAAGAAUUCUAAGGGAUGAAGAAGCACUGUGUUUGGAUGCAACUUUUAGUGGAAAUGUUGCAAGGUUUAUUAAUCAUAGAUGUGGUGAUGCAAAUUUGAUUGAUAUUCCAGUAGAAGUAGAGACUCCUGAUCGGCACUAUUACCAUCUUGCAUUUUUUACUACAAGAGAAGUGAGCGCAUUGGAAGAACUGACUUGGGAUUAUGGUAUUGACUUUGAUGAUCAUGAUCACCCAAUAAAGGCAUUUCAAUGUUGUUGUGGAAGCGAAUCUUGCCGACAUGUGAAAACAAAAAGGCGCACGAAUUCAAUCACACGCAGAUGAGGUGACCUGUAGAGAAAUGAAUACACACCGAUGAUGGAUUUAGCAGCCUAACAUCUUCAUGCAAAGCUCGAUAAUGGUAGUGGUUAGCCAAUAGAAUUGGUUAAUUAAAGAACUUAGGAGACAAUCACAUUUCGAGUUAAAAGAUUCACAGCAUUGUAGAUUGUAGAGGAAAGGAGUAGUUUUUGGGUCACGCAUCUAAUUGGGGUGGGUUGUUUUGGAGACGAAUGCCUUUGGUUUCUGUGAGGCUUUUGCAGGUGCAUAUUUGGACAGUUUCAUAGAGAAGCGGUUGAAUAAAAGAAAAACAAGAAUGCUAGUUUUGUCAAAAGCAACGUAUUGGCUCUUAGGAUUUGCAAGGAAAAUCCCAGAAAUUAGAAUGCUUAGUUUUGUAAUGCACUGAGAAAAUUGACCUAUGAAGAACCAAUGGCGCAAUGUUAAAUGAUAUUUAUUUUUCGUUUCUGUUA